AAUCAAGCGGUGGACAAAAGUGCUCGUCCUGAAAUACAACAAAAAGUAAAAGUAAAUUUGAAAGAUCUGGAGAAAAUAAUAUUAACCGGAUGUUCUCGAGUGUGUUCUCCAAAAUAUACGAACCAAGCAUAGGCCACUUACUAAACCUAAAGCCAUACAAGGUUAUUACCUAUAACUGCUUCUGGGUUAGAGAAUCAAAUAGUCUCGUAAAAGAACGCUCAGUUACUAUGAGAGGACGUGACGCAAGCGCGAAGAUCAGCGUUAAGCGCGGUUAACAGAGUGAACCAGCAAACGUCAUACUUUAUUCUACAAAUUGAUCGAGAGAAUAAAUCUGUGAAGACAGAGCCGUACAGAUAGGAUGUCUACCAUUUGUACACCUAGUGCUGGUAUGUUACCCUUCAUUGCCUUUGCUCUCUCCCUUGUAAGCAUCGUUCUUCAGCUGGUAGCAUUACCGUCUGACUACUGGGCUGUCAUAUACCCACAGAAUGAUUCAGAGCAUCAGGUUCAGAAAGGAAAUUACGGGUUAUGGACUAAGUACAUAAGAAGUUUUCCACAUUCAGCAGAACAGAAGACUUCAGCUGAUUUUCCUCUUCCGCCGCAUAGCGUCGCUGCAGGCGUUAUGGCAGUCGUCCACUUACUUAUGCAGUUAGCAUUUCUUCCUGCUGCAGUCACCCAUUGUGUGCAGGUUGUUAAGGACGACCAAGACCUAAUUCUAAACGCCAAGAUACUUAAUGUGGUGAAAGUUGUUCUGUCAAUCUUAGCAAUUUUCUCCAGUUUGCUUGUUAUUGUCUUUAUAACAGUAGAAGAGAAUCAGUCUUUUGAGACCAAGGUAUAUAAAGGACCAGCAUUUUGGGUGCAGAAUGCGGUGGUUUCAAGCAACGUUGUACUUUCGUUUGUAUGUUCACUUGAAGAUGUUCGACACACAGAAUUGGGAUCCACAAAGAAAGUAGAGAAAUGUCCAUCACAAGUUGGGGUAACAGAACAAUAUUCAAAUCCCUCGUAUACACCAUGAAUAUGAAUACGUACGAACACUGAGAUAUACGACUAUAUAAUUAUUCUAAAUAGACUUAUGUUGUGAUCCUUCUCUAGCAAGAUAACAGGACAGUUAUCACCACUGGCUAAGAGCGAAAACCAUUGUGUGCUAUAUCACGCAAUAACAAAACUGGAGUGUAAAUUGUUUAUUACUGUUAGUGGAAACUAAGCUACGGUUGCCUGUGUUGCUAGUUAACUAAAUUAGCAUCUGACAUAAGGAAAGAAAACCAUCUUAUAUCGAUCAGUUCUUAUCUCAUCCAAAAGUGUGUUACAUACAGUUUAUUACUUUAACACUUUAAAAAAUAUGUGUGCACAAUUUUUAUUUUCUAGUGAAUCUUUAACGAGUAACUUUUGUUCAAGUGAAACGUCAAAAUGUGUGUUACAGGCAGUUUAAUAUUUUAACACUUUAAAAAAUAUGUGUGCACAAUAUUUAUUUUCUUGUGAAUCUUUAACGAGUAACAUUUGUUCAAGUGAAACGUACAAAAAAAGCCGAACUUUGACAUAAAAAGAAUAGGUAAACUGGCUUUUAAAAUUUUCAGUAAUUUACCGGACAUGACUGUGGUCGUUUUUAAAGCUCUUCUCUAAGUCUCAGUCAUUAAACAAUCAAAUAUGAGCUGCGUAGUUUUAUCUGAAUGAGGAGAAUGGUAAGCUCCAAGAAUGUCACUACGUAGCUAAUGCACUGUAUACUUCCAAACUUUGUUAAAUAUAUACUCCAUGUACAAAAUAUCGCUUAAAUGAUAUAUAUAUACACAUAUAUAUAUUUGUAUUUAAAAAGAUGUUUAUUAGAUGUAGAUAAAUUCUAUAUAUAUAUGUGUGUGUGUGUGUGUGUGUGUGUGUGUACACACAUACUUAGGUAGAUAGACAGUUUUAUCAGAAUCUAUUUUGUUUUAACACUGAAAAAUCUUUUAAGUUUUUAGCGUUAAACCUGUUUUUUUUUCGUGCACGUAUUAAUUCAGUGUUUAAGUUCGACUUAUGGCAAUAGUACAUUUUGGAAUAAUUUUGUUGUUUUUUAUAGAUUUAUUGAUAACUUUUUUGUUUGUUUCUCAGUUUACCUAAUCAGUUGAAGGAUGUUUAAUAAACAUACUGUAUAAUUGUUGAUGCACUUCUAUUAUGAAACAAACCUCGACGUAACUGCAAAUAUAAUACUUAUCAAAAAAUAAUUUAAUGUCGGCCUGGCAUAGCCUGAUGGUUAGGACGCUCGAAUCGCAAACUGUGGGUAGAGGAAUCAAAACAUGUCGCCGAACACGCCCUUUCAGCCGUGGGAGCGUUAUGACGUGACGUUCAUUUCCAAUAUUCGUUGACAAAGAGUAGCCAACGAGUUGGCGGUGAAUGGUUUUGACCAGCUGCUUUCUCUCUUUAGCUUAUCACUUCAAAAUUAGGGACAGAUAGCCCUCGAGUAGCUUUGUGCGAAAUUCAAUGAAAUAGCUUUCAGUCUCAUCGAAGGUAUGAUAAGUAAAUAAAUAAGGUGACUUUUGAAACAAUAAUUUAUAUGAUUUAUAUAUAUGAUUGAGGAAAUUCCAAUAAAGAAAUAUAUUUAUGUUAACUGUUCUUCACUGUUCUCUCCAAAAUCUACUAUUUGGUAUUUUCAAGAAUGCCACUUUAUUGAUACAUAAACUAGGCGAUCCAAAGUUCAAACGUAGCCAUCCUUAAUUUAUAACGCUGAGAACAGAGAGGGCUACUUUUAACUGAAUAGUGAGAUUUAUUGUCACAGUACUAAUGUCCCCAUAGUUGAAAAGCCUGUUCAAGACCAUAUUGUGGCUCGAAUCUUUGAUCUUCUGAUCCUCACCUUCGCACUCUAACCACGAGGCCACGUCCAGCCGUCCAAAAGCCGAAACAAUGUUAUAUAUAUAUAUAUACAGAUGAAUACUCUACUAAGAAAAAAUUGCACAGUUGUAAUAGGAAAAUAUACCUCUAAUUCCAUGUAAAUGUAAGGAAUCCGUAAUUUUAUCUAUGGUAUUGCAUUAUUAAAGUUUUGUUUACAUGUGGUUGGUGAUUUUACUUUUAAGCUGUGAUUUCGUAAUAUGCCAAAUAAAUUUCAGUUGAUAAAAAAUAAGCUCAUAAAUAUUUGCAGAAAAUAAUCAAACAUAUUUGUUGUCAUAGUUUUGAGAAUGUGGUUGUUGUUGUGCCUUAAACAUGAGCAAAGUGUUUCUAAAGAAACUAUCUAGUCUUGGCUGAAUUUGUCUUUGUAAUAUACGUUUUGUUGUUUAUAUUUAACGUUUGAAUUAAAUUAUUUCAUAUUUACUUAACAUAAAAAAAAAA